AGAAACAGGCGUUCAAGGGCUAACGGUACGAAUUGGAACGUUGCAUAUGUAUGCUUUGUAAUACAGGGUGUUAAAAGUGCUAACGCUUACAGGAAAAUCCUGUAAGAAGAAGCCAAAUCCUACUGAGUUUGUCACGGACACCGCCCAGAAUUUCUAAGCAGCUGACAGCGCUCUCAAUCUGAAGGUGAGAACAAAUCUUUUAAAUUUGGAAUUGGAUUGUAGAUAUACUGUAUGUGUUGGGGUGUUUAGUUAUUCAGGUGGGAUAUCAAAUGCAACUAUUCAGAAAACACCUAGAUAUACUCUAUAUAGAGGGUAUGCACGUGAUGUAACCGCAUACGUUACGACAAAUCAAACGAGUCACGCCCACUGAGUGGCAGAAAGACUGAAUGCAGCAGUGUUUACCGCUAUCUGUACUCUGUUGUGGAAUUUUUCAAGAAUAAAGAGAAUUAAACAAUUUGUCUUUGUUAUUUUAUUUCUUAGGGCCUAUAAGAAAGGUUGACUGCCACACAGAAAGAAAACAAUGUCAGUUUGCAGAGAGUAAACAACUCAUAUACGCCUGAGACAUCCAAUACAGGAAGCUAGUUGUUGUUGUGCAAUAACUAUUCCUCCUCCUCAUAGAUGGUACUGAAAGGAACAUUCAUCUUAGUUGUUUAUCUCCCUUGGGUUCAUCUAGAAUGUUGUGACAUGUUGUGACAUACGUUGUGACAUAGGGUCAGUGGUCGAAACCACAUUUCUUCACACAGAACUCAAAGUUCUACACAGUUUCCUGUAAGAACAUCCUGUAAGAACAAUGAACACGUUUACAUAGGGACAAAGGACACAUAAAAAGUGUUAUGUCUUAAACUAAUAUUUCCACCACAACUCUAUUUAGAACAGGAUAAAGUUGUUGUUCGAUUGAAUAUCGCUGCAAUUUGCUGAAACAAAUGGAAUACUGAAGCGUGGAUGUUUACUAGCCAUUUCAUAUCAGACUCAGCUCAGGUCGGCCUGUGGAACUCCUUGUGAGUGCUGAAGCUGACUUCUGCUGGCAAAACUAAAGUAUAAAAAACAUUUCUUCAGUAAAUGUUUCUUCAGUUGACGACUGCAUUCCUGACUUCUGAAAAGGUUGCCCCGCCUCAUUGCACAGACUGCACUUUGGGGUUCCAGCCCACCAGUUGCAUUGACUCGGUGUUAGAACAAGACACAACUGUGAAAGCAAUUUGGAGGACAAAACGAAGGCAACUUUGCGGUUUUGUGAGCAGCAGAAGAGUAACUGUCAAGUGCACACAAUAAAGUCUCCCUGGAAGCAGAAAGAUGAGUACCCGCAGAAAUGCCCGAAAUGUUGUAGAGACAUACUUUGAUGGACAGCAUCUGAGCUUGUAUGACCUAAAAGAGGAAGAAAUAGAUCACAGGUACCUGUUCAAGAACAACAUUCCUGCUUAUCCUGAAUCUGUGGAAUUCGAUGUAGAGAAGGUGUCUCAUGUCACUGGGAGACGUGGUCUUGAAGGUAUUUUUGAGGAUUUGGGAUUUAGACAGCCAUCAGAUACAUCCCAUUUCCUCUGGUGGGAAUUGUCAGUCACAGCUGAUAACAUCCGCUCAGCUGAGGAAAGGUUUCUGACGUCAUUGUUUCCUCGGACCCGAAUUCGCAGCCAGUUACCCUUUCUUGAGUACUUCACCACCUCAAAGGCCUUCCAGAAAGAGUCUCCCUAUGGAAAUUUCCGCUUCACAUUCUCAAUAAGAGAGCUCCUGUAUCACUAUGAUGAUCAGUUCUGUCCCGGCCACAGUCCAGUUCUACGUGUUUAUGAGACUGUGUUGUACCGGCGAGAGAUUCUAUACACCAUCGUAGUGCAUCCUCGUUACAUUACUCUUUAUGACGAUUAUCCUCGGCUUCCUAAUGAUGGUGAAGGGGUGUGUGGGUACGCUAAUGGGUCCAUAUGGUGGCGCUGUCAGGCCCCUUCUGAAACCUACAAGCAUAGGUUUAAUGUAAACUGGAAGCAUCGCAGUGUUCAUGUAAGUCCUCGUAAUGAACAGUAUUAUAUGUGGGAUCAUGUGUGUGUAGCCUUCCACAUGGAGCCUGGUUGGGUGUUGCCUAUGAAUCGGGACAAGCUAAUUAAUAGAGUGAAUGUGUGUGAAGUGUCCGCACCCUGCCUCCUAAACCCCCCGGAGACUCCACUGAGUUUAAAUGAGGCUAAGAAUAUUCUUACCCAUUUUUAAAGCCAGGAAGGGCUGUGCUGGGGCUUGGGAUUACGCAGACCGCAGAUGAUGCAGAUAUUACAUUCAAAUGAAAAGAAACAAAGUAACAAAGAACAAUGAUGUAACACGUGUUACAGUGUAAUUAUACAUUUAAGUACUGAGUAAUAAAAAUUAACUACAUGUAUUUACUAUAGGGUUAGGAUUAGAAUUUGGUUUAGGGUUAGUUACAUGUAAUUAUUCAUAAUUUAUAGUAAAUACAUUUUACAUGUGUAACAAGGGCACCGUAAAAUAUAACAUUAAAAUAAUGUUACUCUUUUUUUGUAGAAAAAUAACACUAAGGAAUUUGUGAAGUCUAAUUUUUAUCACCUUGAUGCCAGUAGAUGGCAGUAACAAUAUAUAAAACCAGUAUGAGUAUAGUGUUUUAUAGUACUUGUUUGUAACCAUUUUACUUUUAAUUCAUGAAAAACAUGAGACCAUGUUUGUUGAUUUGUUGUUUGUGGUUUCACUUUUCUUUCAAACGUUUAUUUUAAGUUUUAUAUACAAAAUGCUAAGUUCCCUUUCCUUCUAUUGGUGGUGACUCCUUUUUGAGAAAGCCAACUUUUGACAGGUCAUCUAGGGUUCAGAGAGAUAACCAGAUCAAUUACCUUCAGCUGACCCAAUGAUAAAAGUGACAAAGAUCCUGUUGAAGAGGUCACCAUUUAGUGUUGUAUAGGCUUGUAAUCACUAGUGGAUGUAAGUUAUAUGAAAGCCACAUUCCACUUCAGCUGUCUGUUUUUUAACUCUUGGAAUCUGAGAAUGUGUUUGAAUCUGUCUGUGCUGUAUAAAUAAAGCUUUUUAAUUAAAAAA